UCCUCUCCCCCCGGACUCCGGACCCGGUCUCUCCCCCCGUCUCUCUCUCUGAUGCCGGGCCUACACGAGUCGCACUGUCCGCCCUCGGGCUCGGGCCGGGCCCGGGUCCGGGUCCCCGGGGCUCGCCUGACGGUGGAGCCGCUUGUUUUCCUCAGCAUGCUGGCGCUGAUGCUGCAGGCCCCGCUCUCCACUCAGUACAUCUUCCAGAGAAUCAGCUCCGAGCUCGGCUUCAGCGGAAACAGGAGCCGAGGCUGCAACAAGAGCCAAGGGCGGGAGGCCGCACUGGAGGAGGAAGUAGAGACUUUGACCUCCCAUUGGAACCUCUACAUUAACGUCGGGGGCUUUGCUGUGGGACUGUUCUCUGCGACACUGCUUGGACCAUGGAGUGACCGUGUGGGCAGGAGACCGAUCCUGAUCCUACCGGCUGUCGGUCUGUCACUACAGGCUGCAGUCUAUCUCAUUGUCAUGUACCGGGAGCUGCCAGUCGGCUUCUUUCUGAUUGGUCGCCUGCUGAGCGGUCUCCUGGGUGACUUUAACACCAUCCUGGCCGGCUGUUUCUCAUACAUCGCAGACAUCAGCGACAAACCAUCACGCACGUUCCGGGUUGCCGUGCUGGAAGCGUGCCUGGGAAUGGCGGGAAUGUUUGGCAGCAUUAUUGGAGGCCAGUGGAGUAAAGCUCAAGGUUACAUCAAUCCGUUCUGGCUGGUGUUGGCACUGAACGUGGCCACUGUCAUCUACGCUGUUGUUUUCGUUAAAGAGUCUGUGACCGCAAAGAGACCAGGCAAAUUGUUGACCAUGGAGCAUUACCGCUCGGUGUACCGCCUCUAUUCUAGCGGGCAGGAGACUGGCCGCAGGCACCGUCUCUGCCUGUAUGCACUGUCCCUCUUUAUCGUGGUGACUGUUCAUUUCGGAGUCAAGGACAUUCUCAUCCUUUUUGAGCUGAGCUCCCCACUGUGCUGGCGAUCCGAUCAGAUUGGAUACGGCUCAGCCAUUGAGCAUUUGACCUACUUGAGCAGCCUGCUGGCUCUGAAGAUGAUGCAGUGUUGCCUUGCGGACAGUUGGAUUGCUCAGAUUGGGCUGCUGUCGAACAUGGCUGGUUUGGUGACCUUCUCAAUAGCAGUGACCAGCGCUGUCAUGUUCACUGGUUAUGGGAUACGGUUUCUUGCUAUGGCGACUACACCAGUGAUCCGAGCUAAAUUAUCAAAGUUAGCUGAUGUGACAGAGCAAGGAGCACUGUUUGCCUCGGUGGCAUGUGUGGAGAGUGCCUGUUCACUGGUGUCCACACUUGUCUUCAGCUCCCUGUAUCCUGCAACACUGCACUUCAUGAAGGGAUUUCCUUUCCUGUUUGGGGCUGCCCUGCUCCUCCUUCCAGCUGGAAUAAUCGGUGUACUGGGCUGCCGUGAGAGGGAGGUGCCAUAUAGACGAUUUGAAACCCCACCUGCACCUGUCGCGAGUGAUGCUGAUCCUGCCUCCAACCACAAUGAGGACAUCCCCACUCCUGCUGCUGCUACCUGCUGAUUAUAUCAUGGAGUUUUACAAUGAAACUUGUGUCACCGCUGCUGUGUCUAGCUGUCACUGUGAGCUGAUUCAUUUGCUUUUUCACAUGAAAGUUCAAAUCUCCUAGAGACGACAAGAACAAUUCAGUGCAGCGGGAGCCGUUGGCCAGUUGUGAGUGUGUUGGUGGUUUGGAAGAUCAUGCAAGUCUCUGUCUUCCAGAACCUUUCAUCUUUUCAGGUGAUCUUCCAAGUACCUUUUGAAAAUUCCUAUUUUUAUUUUUUGUUGGUGUCUCUGACUGGGCCUGCAUUUAUUCCCCUCCCUAAUUUCCCCAGAGGGCAGUUAAGAGCCAACCACAUUGCUGUGGGUCUGAAGUCACAUGUAGGCCAGACCAGGUCAGGAUAGCAGAUUUUGUCGAGUCCAAGAGCACAGAGAGGUCUGUCCAGUCCAAAACACACACCUCACUAUUGUAAUCUAUUUUCCAGCACUUACCCCAUCACCUUGAGAUCACAUCUAAAUCCUUCCACAAAGUGAUGAGAGUUUCUGCCUCUCACCCUCACAGGCAGUGCGUUCCAGGUGCCCCCCCACUCUCUGGGUGAUAACAUAUUUACUUACGUCCCGUCUAAACCUCAUGUCUCUUACUUUAAACCCACGCCCCCUAGUCAUUGUUCCCUCCAGCCAGGGGAACAGUUCCUUCCUGUCUACCCGCGUCUAUGCCUCACAGAUUUUGAGACAUCCCAUUCAUGUCCCUAUCACUCUCCUGUGCUCCAAGGGAAACCUGCCCCCCUCUGUCCAUGAAAACUCUCCAGGCCAGGCAACAUGCUGCUAUAUUCCCAGGACAUCUUCCCUAACCGGAGCAGAACUUGUGGGUGGCACAGUGGUUAGCACUGCUGCCUCUCAGCGCCAGAGACCUGGGUUCAAUUCCCGCCUCAGGCGACUGACUGUGUGGGUUUCCUCCGGGU